AUGUCUCUUACAGAUACGAUAGAUCAAAGAAAAAGAGAAAAUGAAUAUUUUCAAACUGUUUCUGAAACAGAAAGAGUUUGGCCUAUGUUAAAUUCUUUAGUUAAUUUAAUUGAUACCAAUCAGUUUAAAAGUGAGUAUGUACCAAUGUUAUUAGAGCAUAUACGUCAAGUUAAUAAACAAGUCAUUUCUUCAUAUCCAUUUAUUGGUAAAAUAGAAGUAGUUUUAUUUCAAAAAAUUUUUACUUACUCACAGGUAAAUGUUUAUGAUAGUUCAUUAUUUGGUCUAGCUGAGCUUCUUCUAUUUUUUCUCCACUGUAAGGUAGAUAAAGAAGUAGUUGAAGUAUUUCAAAAAAGAAACAAAGAAAUAUUUGAAAUGAUGUAUGGAUUUAAUCAAAAUUGUAUUUCUAUUGAUGAAGUAAGAAAGGUAUAUGUAAGUAUUCUUAUUAUGUUUCCAUUAUGGGAGUGGAAUAAGUUAUUAGUUCAUUCCAUAGAAAUACCAUCAAAUAUUGACUCAAUUGAAUUUAUAAAUCAAAAUGUUCCUUUUAUAGGAUUAGAAAACAUUGGAAAUACUUGUUAUGUCAAUUCUAGUCUUCAAUUACUUUAUAUGUGUAGUUCAUUUAGGAAAAAUGUACUAUCUUCAUCUACGUUACUUGGGUCUAUAUUUAAGAAAUUAAAUGAACAACAGAGUUAUUUGGUAUUGAACAAAGAGAUUAUUGAAAAUGUUUGUGGUCAUAAUAUUAUUAUUGGAGAACAAAACGAUGCCUCUCUAUUUAUCAAUGACAUUUUGGAUGUUUAUAAAACUCAAACACAGCAAUGCCCAUUUCUAGUUAAAACAACAACUAAAAUGAAAUGUUUAAAUUGUCAAAAAGAGAGGGAAAAAACAGAAGAUGCAUAUUCAUUGAGUGUAGGAACAGAAAAGAGUAUUACUGAAAGUGUAAAUAAAUAUUAUGGGACUGUUGAUGAUAUGAUAUUAGAAUGUGAUGAAUGUCAUAUAAAAGGACCACAUCAAGUUAAAUUUUUUAGUGAAACAACAAAUGAUUUUUUAAUUUCAAUUAACAGAGUUACUUCUGAACUUAAAAAGAAUGAUGAUUUCAUUGAAAUAGAAACAGAAAUGUUUGGUUUUCAUUUUAUUGGGGCAAUUCUUCAUAGAGGAAGUUAUAUGUAUGGACAUUACACUACAGUUGCAUUAGGUUAUGACAAUAAUUGGUAUUGGUUUAAUGAUAAAGUUGUUAAUGUUAUUAGUAAGGAUCAAGUAAGGAAAAUGUGUUGCGGAGGGAGUGUGGGUGAUUGGAAUGCUUCAGUUCUUCUAUAUACUAAAAAUACAGAAAUGAUACCACCAUCACCUCAAAGAAGUUAUUGUUUUAAUCAAAUGAUAAAGAAGUAUAUAAUAGAUUCUCCUCUUUUUGAACAAAUAUUAAAAAGGUGUCUAGAAGGUAUUUCAUUUUUAUCUGAGGAAGAACAAAGAAGUUUUAUAAAUAAAUAUUCAACUGUAAUUGAUAAAAUACCUCCUUCAGACUCAUCUCGAAUAAUUCUUUCAGAAACAGUUGCAAUGAAAUCAAAAUUAUUUGAUGAAGAGAUUCAAUCAUUAAAACUAACAAGAAAAUAUAUUAUGACUGGAGAGGGAAAAGAAUCUCUUUUUUCAUUAAUCUCAAUAGAAGAACCUAAAAAUUUAUAUAUUCAACAAAUAAUAUGGUUAGUUGUUUCAACGUUUCCAGACAAACUGCCUUCAGUAUUACCUAAUUUAUAUCAGAGAGUGGUUGAUGUAUUAUCUUGCAUUGAUGGUUAUAAAAUAGAAUUAGACCUUAGUAAAAUUACUGAUUUUAUUUCAACUUCAAUGCCUUUACAAAGACAUUAUUCUGAAUUAGCAAUAUUCCAUGAUAUGAUAUCUUUAAUGUUGUAUGACCUUAAUAAUACUCAAUACUCUUCAACGAUAAUAGAAAUAACAAGAAAAUUAAUAAUGGCUCUUUUUUCCUGUAUUAGUUGUUAUCCAUUGUCAAUCAAGUAUCACACAAUGAUUAUGAAACGUUAUUUUGGAACAGCCUCAGACACAAUAAAAUAUAAUUACUUAGCUAUACUCAUAGACGUUUGUUUAUUAGUUCUUUUAAUAUAG